CGCUCGCCCUUCGGCGUUUGGCCAACAGUUGGGCACCUCCUGUUCAGAUCUCCGCGGAGCCCAGACGAGCACUGAGAGGCACCGCGUAUACGCUCUAUCGUUCCGCAGUUGCGUGUUUCGGUGUCUUAUAUCGAUGCGUCUGACCUCGGCGCCGCCGCGCUCCUUGGUUUAUAUCUAACCCACAGUUUUUGUGGGCUUUUCUCGUGCGAAGUCACCAACAACCCGACGGGACUUAGGCCGUGCUGCCAGAGAUUGGUCCUUAACCUCUAGCGUUUCGUGUUUGUCGGCAACGGAGCUUAGUGACUGCGUCAACAGACUCAGGACUGGGCAGGGGCAGCUCACGCUCUUCGUGCUGACGAGGCCGACGCACAAGCAUCCCUAAUUCCGCCCGAUCUUGACCGUCGGGUUGAGAAUCGAGAUUACGAACCAAUAUCUACCGUACGGCAUCGGACGUCCCAUAGCAACAUCCCCGCGGGGUGGCUGUUGCUCGGCGGCCCUCAGAAUCUACCUCAGAUUCCAGGACACCAAGAAACUCCGCGAUCCCGCCCGUCGGUCGUGUAGCAAACGGAGCCCAUGACAGACGUCAUGUCAUACCAAUACCCCCCGCCGCCUCAAAACGGCGAGAUGGACAUGUCAGCACCAGGCUAUUUGCCCACAUAUUCCAUGCCAGCGCCUGCGUCAGCGAUCGACCCGGAUGCGAGUCUUUCGUCCAGGGAGCGUUCUGAUUUGAGCCGGCCGAUUUCGACAUCAGGGAUUGGGCCAUCACCGGCACAUCCGCAGCAGCAAGGUUCCACUGGGACAGAUCCCUCCGGUGAGAGGAGGAGAAACAAGUUGGGCUACCAUCGAACUUCUGUUGCCUGUGGCCAUUGUCGUCGGCGAAAGAUCAGGUGUGUCCCGUCGCAAAACGACGUGCAGGGGCGCUGCAUAAACUGCAUCCGCCUGAAGAAGGAAUGCAGCUUCUAUCCCGUAGAUCAACAACCGCCUGUGGAAACAAGGCAAAAGUCGGGGUCACGAUCGUCCGUGGGUCCAAAGGCUCCAUCUGCUUCAUCUUCCCCGGCCAUGCAGCCAGGGAUCCCGGCUGAAGUUCACGGCCAACAGCCGUAUCCUCAGCUGGCCAUGCCGUCCCUCCAGAAUAUGGCCCCAGCGCUGAAACCGUCUGGGAGCGACAGCCAUGGCCCUGAUCCAAAGGCGUCGAGCACCCGCAGGUAUGAAUAUGGGCAACCCGGGAUGUCUCAAUGGAUGCCGACGGACGUAAGUCCCAGUUCAUCCAAGCCGGGGGACAUGAAUGCGACUUGGAGGUCGUACCCGGGGGAUUCUCCUAUCACGGCCGCAUUUUCUUAUGUACCACAGGGCCCCCCCCAAUCGGCCACCUGGUCGGCACCUGUCGGCUCUGACACGUCCUCGCGGGAUGAUGUUGCCUGGUCGACAUAUCCUGCACCACCCCCGCGGUCCAUGUCUUUUGGCGCCGAGAGCAUGAGUGGCCACCAGCAAUACCCGUCAAUAUCGCAGAUUAGCAACCAUUCAGCCCGAGCGUACGACCGCAAGUCGAGUUUGGUGUCAGCAGACAUGUACCCGCCGCCGAUCGCGACCACCAUCCCGGGGAUUGAGACGGUACCAGGUACCUCCAUGGACCAUGCUGCUUCACUUUCAGCAGGAGCGGUUCCUCCAUCCACCUAUGCUCCAUGGCAGCAGUCGUACACGUACUCGAAGCCUGCUGAAGGCUAUGGCGGAUGGUAUGGGGACGCAGGUGACCAGGGCUCGUCGACACACGGACAUCCCUCCUCGAACGUGUACUAUGGGCGGUAGCCAUGCCAUGAUCGGUCCAACGC